GAGAGUUUGCUCAAUCGGUGGAAAGGAGAUGGGAAUAACAGUGCUGGGAAAAGAGUAGGAACAAAUAGUAUUUUCUUUAUGAUAUAACACGACGGGGUUAGAGUUUGGCGUGUCCAACAUAACACUAUAUCUGAAAAUAGUCUCAAUUUCAAGAGUGAGACACGAAACAUUUGUGUAACCGCGCAGCGAGAGCUAGCUAACUCAUUUGAACUGUGUAUGACGCCGUGACAGACGGUUCGUUGCCUGUACAUUUAUGUGAGCAGUCUAGCCUCGGAGAAAGGGGCUUGAACGGGAGGAGAGACUCAGAGACCCAUACCAGGAUUGUGGGUUUUGUUUUUUGUUUUUGGGAACCAGGAAUAAUCCAAUCGACUGCAACGAUUUAGUUUACCUGUUCAACUACAGCGCACAGGUGUUCAACCGAACGCACAAUGGAGGCCAUCGCCAAGUACGAUUUCAAAGCCACUGCAGACGACGAGCUGAGUUUUAAACGUGGGGAAGUAUUAAAGGUUCUAAACGAGGAAUGCGACCAGAACUGGUACAAGGCAGAGCUGAACGGGAAAGACGGCUUUAUUCCAAAGAACUACAUAGAGAUGAAGGCCCAUCCGUGGUUCUUCGGGAAGAUCCCGCGGGCCAAGGCGGAGGAGAUGCUGAACAAACAGCGGCACGACGGGGCCUUCCUGAUCCGAGAGAGCGAGAGUGCGCCCGGGGACUUCUCCCUGUCCGUCAAGUUCGGAAACGACGUGCAGCACUUCAAAGUCCUGCGUGACGGGGCGGGGAAGUACUUCCUCUGGGUGGUGAAGUUUAAUUCUCUCAACCAGCUAGUGGAUUACCACCGCUCCACCUCCGUGUCGAGGAACCAGCAGAUCUUCCUCCGAGACAUAGAGCAGGUUCCCCAGCACUCCACGUACGUCCAGGCGCUGUUCGACUUCGACCCGCAGGAGGACGGGGAGCUGGGCUUCAGGCGCGGAGACUUCAUCCAGGUUCUAGACAACUCCGACCCCAACUGGUGGAAAGGGGCCUGCCACGGGCAGACGGGCAUGUUCCCGCGCAACUACGUCACGCCUGUCAAUCAGAACAUGUAACCCUCCGCCCCCCCCCCGCCCCCCACCUCGCACUCUCCA